AAACACUAUGCUUUGUGAAGUUAACUCUAAAAAAAGUCCUUUGUCUUACACCCCUGAUGUCUGUCUGGUAAUCGAAGGAAAGGGUCUAUGUUGAUAACUUCUUGAAGAACUUCGGAUCCAUAAAUUUCAUGGAAGCAAGUUUCAGUUCAAAUCCUUAGCAAAAAACCCAUUUUACGUUCAAAAUCCUUAGUUUCUUCGUAAGUGAUUCUAAAAACCCAAAAUCUUGGCUUGUGUAUCCAGAAUUUCAUCUGUUUUAAAUCAAACAACAUCAAUCGCUAAUCGGAAAACCCUAAUCUCGAAAUCUACCACUUUGUAUAUAUUCGGUGCAAGUUACGUCACCGAUACUGAUACUCUGACCCAUAGAGCGACAGCUUAUCGGUGUAUCCUAGAUAGAGAUCCAAAUCCCUAAAAUAUCGCCAAGCAACCGUUUUUCUUAUUUAAGGUUUGAGAUUCUGGUCGAGUUACGUCUCAUGGGGAAUGUAUUUGUAAAGAAACCGAAGAUCACUGAAGUUGAUCGAGCAAUUCUUUCUCUGAAAACCCAGAGGCGUAAGCUUGCCCAAUAUCAGCAACAGCUUGAGAAAGUGAUUGAAGCUGAAAAACAAGCAGCAAAAGAUUUACUUCGGGAAAAGAAGAAAGAAAGAGCUUUGUUAGCCUUAAGGAAGAAGAAAGUACAAGAAGAUUUACUCAAACAAGUGGAUACAUGGCUUAUUAAUGUUGAACAACAAUUGGCAGAUAUUGAACUAGCAAGCAAACAGAAGGCUGUUUUUGAGAGUUUAAAAGCAGGAAAUAACGCAAUGAAAGCAAUCCAAGGUGAAAUUAAUUUAGAUGAUGUUCAAAAACUCAUGGAUGAUACAGCUGAAGCCAAAGCAUACCAAGAUGAAAUUAAUGCGAUUUUGGGAGAGAAGUUGUCAGCUGAGGAUGAAGAGGAUAUUUUAGCAGAGUUUGAUAACUUGGAAGCUCAGAUGACAAUUCAAGAUUUGCCAGAAGCUCCUGUUGCUGAGUCAUCUUCUACAAAAGAUGAAGAUGAGUUGGAUCUACCUGAUGUUCCAACAAAAGCACCUGAGAUUGUUGCUGAUAAAUCUCAACCUGCAAAAACAAAAGUUAUGGAGGAGCCUCUAGAGGCGUGAGGCGUUGACCACCAGAAUACUUGGUCAAAUGUGAUGAUAUUUUGAUGCUGUUUAUCUAUACAUUCUUUUUAUUUGAAAUUUAAAUGGAUGCAAGGAUUAGUUGCAAUUGUGUCUUGAAGUAAAUUGUACAGUUUUAUGUGUUUAUAUGAAGCUAAAAAUUGAUAUAUUAUUCGUAAAAUAUUAAACAACCG